AUGGAGGAUGUUCGUUCGGGGCACAGUAUUAUUCUGCCAUGGGCAAUGAGUAGGGUUGGUCUGGGCAGUAGAGCCACAGAAGAAGAUGGACGAGCUGAGAGCCUCAACGAUUUCACAGCGAGGACCUUGAUACCUAGGAGCGGAUGCCCAAUAUCCCACGCAAAAUUCAGAAAGUUGUAUGAAGUGGAAUUUAUCCUUAGCCCAGGUACGGCAAGGCUGUGCCGAAGAGGGGCCGUGUUGAUGACUAAGGCAACUACUAAGACUCCCGCUAAGGCCACUAAGGCAACAAGUGAAUUUGGCCUUGGCUUUGCUUCCCAUUCCAUGCAACUCUACCUACCUCACGACCUACGCUCUCCGCUCGCUCCCUCGCUUGCUCGCCUGCUACCUUUCUGCGAUCGCGACCGACCGCGAAAGCAGAAGUCGCUCACAAACAACAUCAACAUCUACGCCCACGCCCACACCCGCACCCAUAGACUCGGCGCAAUCCAAACUUCGAUAGUCUACCUCACUAUGUCUUCCGCAAAUGGACUUCUGAGCUCCGCCCUUGCGGCAGGCUCCUCGAAUGCCACCCCGCUCCUCUCCGCGAAACGAAAGCGCGACGACGCCCUUGAUGGCCAGAAUGAUACGAACGAAGUUCCCAAAUCUAUGUCCUCAGGUCUCCAAAAACCAUCCGCCGAAGCCUCUAGAGCUCUCAUACGCGACCUUAUUGAUGUUAUGAAGGCCGAUGAUACCACCCCCUCCAUCUUGUCACGAUCCUUACCAAGUCGGCCCUCGUCGUCUGGACCACAGGCCAAGCGCCAGAAGUCAGAGGAGAACAGCGAGACCUCGACCUCUAUUCUCGAACGACACUCCGCGAACACGUAUAACAAUGUUACCGAAGUACUCAAUGAUAUCGAUGCGGCUGUCGCAGACAUCAUGGACAAGCUCGAACUUCCAGAUGGAGCAGCUAGGAACCAGUUUAUCCCGGUUUCAGCUACCCACUCUGAGAUAUCUAUGAAGGUCAAUGCAUUCAAACAACGAGCACAUGAACUUAUUGCGAGGGAGCUGGUAGCUACAGAUAGUGAGGUCAAUGAUACGGUCAACGGUUCCGCCCGCGGCGCUGCCAGAGCUACCGGAAACAAGAUGGUCCUCACACUUUAUGGCACCAUAACCGCACCCAAUCCAAAGCAGCUGUUCUCCAGCCUCCAGAUUCCCACUAAAAUUAAGGGCGAAGAUAGGGCCGUACUUCAGACUCUGCGAGAAGCGGGCCUUCCUAAUGGAAUUACCGCCACUCAAGUCGUACCCUUUGAAGCCACCGGAUUGGCUGAGGACAAGAAGCCCGUCCCAACCCUGGGUGAGCUCUUUCCGACUCCAUCUACCGUGCCGGCCCUGCAACCGCCGAAGCCAUCAAAAGUUGCAACCACUCGGUCGUCUAAUGUCGGAUGGUAUCAACCAUGUGUCACUGAGCCAGUAUCGAGAAGCGCAAGCUAUUUCAAGCAGGCCAUAUCGACUGGCCAGUGGCUCGACUACAGUAAAGCCUUUCCUCCGCAGCAAGGUGUGAAGAGAAAACAGCGCGAUAGGGCGUUGAGUUUUGGUGGCUCAAAGACUCCCGCUUCUGAGAGCGAUUCCGCCGAGUCCGAGGCAUUGAAGCUGGAGGCUCUGUUUCGUGGUGCUUAUUCGAACUUUGCUCCCGUCAAGGAUGAUUCCGCUGCAGUUGCACCUACUGGUAUCAUGAAUCGCCUUUGGUGGCAAGAAUUGGGUGAGAGAAGCUUCGAAAAAAUGGUGGAGAACUGGGACAAUAAUGAACAGGCCAUGACACCAGGUCCAGCUUUGAAGAACUCAGAGGUUGUUGAUGAUGAUGAAGAGUACGCCAUGUUCGCAAAGGCCAUUGAGGCAAUGGGAGAUGACCCAAUCGAUCCAAGCCUGGGCACUUGGGAGGCUGCAGCCGAGAAGUCAGCCGAGGAGAAGGAUGUGGACGAAAUCAUCGAGGGAAUUUCAGAGCUACUGGAGACCUUGAACUCUUAUCAACGAAUCCGACACAUGUCAUUGAAUGCGUCAAAUCGACCAGCAGGGCUGCUCUCCGCUCCUGACACUACGGCUCUCGGCACCCCGUCAAAACCUAGCGAAUCUGAGCAGGCUACUUAUGAGAUCCUCAAGUCACAAUUGACUCUGAUGAUCGCCUCCCUGCCUCCAUUUGCUGUCGCUAAACUCGACCCCGACCGUCUGGCGGAUUUGGCAAUCAGCACCAAGAUCGAGGUCCAAUCGACCAACUACCAAGGUGUCAUGGAAGAGGAUGAGGCGUCAGCGAGAGCAAAGGCUGCCGCACUGGCUGCAGCCACCGCUGCUUCACGCCCUGCCGUCCCUGCAACCAUGCAUCGCACUAGUUCCAGCUCACUUUAUGGCAACCAAUAUGCUCCUUCCCCGAGGCCGGUUCCUGCUGCUACCCAGCAAUACUACAAUUCUCAGACUCCCAUUCGACCUCCACCAACCAACAUGCAGCGACCACCUGCCACGGCUCCAGUCCCAUACCAAAUCCAAAAACCUCCGGGAAGUGCGCCGUAUCGCCCUGGCGCAGCUUACAAUACGCCCACCUACCCGCAUCAGGCUCCGAGGCCCGUGCAACAGCAGCAGUAUGCACCAUCGAACCAGCAGCAGCAAUAUCAGCCAGCCAACGGCCAAAACUUCAACCAGAACUUCAUGCGCGCCUCGAGUCAGAACUACCAAUCGCAGAUGGCUCAACCAGUCUCGCAGGCUGCUCACAUGAACGGGCGAUAUACCAGCCAACCCCAGGCUACCUAUGCUCAUCAAACCCAUCAAGCUCAGCCCAUGUCAAAUGGCAUGGGCUAUCAGUAUGCCAACGGUACUAAUCUGAACCGUCAGACUUCUCCUCAAAAGAUGUACUCCCCUCAACCUCAACAUACUCAACUCCAAAAUACGCAAUCUAGAGUCAGCUACUCUACGCCCACACCGGCUCCUUCAAUCGCGCAAAACCGGCAACCGUACAUGCAGAAUGCAAUGGGUCAGGCUCCAAUGAUGAAUGGGUCAGUAUCUCAGGCACCUCAGCAACAGUAUGUCCCUCAAGCACCAUCUGGUUACAGCACAUUCAUGACUAGAGAACAGCAAUCCAGUAUGAUGGAUCGUCAGCGGGCUCAAUUAGCACAACAACAGACGCAUGCACAACAGGCAGCUAGAAUUUCAGCACAAGCCUCGGCAAUAGGCUCUCCUCAAAAGGCUAACGGGGUGGCGGCAGGUCUAUGA